UCAUUGGGCAACGAAGGCCCAUUCUAUUAAAAUAGAAAAACCACAACGGGUCAGCGCGGUGUACUUCUCCGGGCCGCUUCUGAGAUGCCAUACGUUUCUGUCACGGUACGUGGAAACUGGUCAGAGAGGUUGGGAGCCCAAAAUCUUUCCUCCCCAUUUUCAGUUCCAUGGAGUGUAAUCAAAUCAAAUUUGCUUACUUCACGCAAAUCGAUUAAACUUACCCUUGUCCAUUGUGAGGGUGCUGAGUUCAAUUCAUUUCGACAGUGUAAAUAUUUGUGAUGGAUGCAAAGGCUUUGGCAAAAUCAAAGAGAGCUCAUUCACAACACCAUAGUAAGAAGCCUCAUUCAAGGCAAUUGCCAAAACCUCCAUUAGUUGGCGGUAAUGAUGCAGCAAACGCAAAGAAGCAGACAGGCAGGCAAAUUAGAGAGAAAACGCAUCAGGCUCAGGGUGUAUCUGCACUACCAUCGAAUUGGGAUCGCUAUGAGGAAGAAUUUGAUUCAGGUUCUGAAGAUCGAUCUGGUGAUAGCGCAAGUCAAGUUCCCGAUGUUGUUUUGCCAAAGAGUAAAGGGGCUGACUUUCGUCACCUGAUUGCUGAGGCCCAGUCUCAGUUGGAGUCAAAUCCUUACACAGAUAGCCUUUGUUCUUUAGAUGAUAUUCUGCCUGGAGACUUCAAUCAGUUUGUGGGCUCUAUGCUUUCAGUAAGGGGAGAGGGCAUUCUGUUUAUUCAGAAUGAUAAUUUUGUUGUGGAAGACAGAACAACUGCAACUCAUGAGGCAUCAUUUCUCUCCUUGAAUUUGCACGCUCUUGCUGAACAACUCAAAAAAGUAAAUUUAUCUGAGAGGCUCUUCAUUGAAGAAGAUCUACUACCACCAGAGCUGCAUGCAGAGAGUUCAAAGGUCAAUAUUGCUGCUAAAAACGUUGAGCAUAUAUCAUUGAGCUCUGGGUGCAAGUCUGUAGAUGCAACAUUGUCUAAUGAAGGUUUGGAUUCAGUGGAUGAAGUUUACAGUGAUUUUAUUUCCAGUCAACGUGACAAAUCUGGUAAGAGUAGAGCAUUGGAGUCUUCAGCACAGGACAAUUCAAAUUCUGCCCCUGUCCCUAACAAAAAAGUUUCAACUUUUGAAGCGGCAGCUGCAGAGGCAGAAUUGGAUAUGCUUCUUAAUUCUUUCAGUGAGACUAAGCUUCUUGAUUCUUCUGGCUUAAAGCCCCAAAAAGGCUCCCAUGAUUAUUAUACAGAAGGUUCUCCAUCUUUGGCCCAACUUGCAAGAAAAGGCGUUGAUUCAUCUAAAUCUGCAGAUGUUAAUUCCAGUGUUGAUGAUUUGCUUGAUGAUUUAUUAAAAGAAACAUCCACAAUGGUAAACCAAGGUGCUGAUUCAUCUAAAUCUGCAGCUGUUACUUCCACUUUUGAUGAUUUGUUACAAGAAACAUCCACAUUAGUGAACCGAAAUGGUUUGUCUAGGCAUACUGAUGUCAAAGCUGCCCCGGACAAUGGUCAGUCUUCUUCAUCGUCUCACUCUGUCCCAAAGCCAAAAGUAUUGAAUGAUUUCGAUUCAUGGUUGGAUACGAUUUGAUGGUUUGUUACUAAGAAACCUCACUCUUGUAAAUUGAACUGAUGUAUGAAUUGCUCAUCAAAGAUGGCUUUACACUUCCUUUUCCAGUUUAUUAUGCUAAUUUUUUGUUUCCUGUUUAGGAGCAGAAAUAAAAUCCAUCAAUCCAAG